AUGCGGACCUCGACAAUCCUUCUCGCCGCGACCGGCGGCCUCGCGCCCUUGGCCUCAGCAGGCUGGCGGCCCAUCAAAAAAGACAUGCUCAUCUCGCCCCGCGAUCAGCGCCCCUUCAACGACCUCCCCAUCCGCGUCGCCGAUGGCGGCAGCAGCGGCUUCCUCCACGUCCAGUUCCCCAUCGAGUGCAGCAAGUGCUUCCCCGCGGACCCCAGCCGGCCGAAGAAGAACCUGCAGGACGGCGUGUUGGAGAUUGACUUCCGGAUCACACGCACGCUCGGGCUGGACGGCGACGAGGGCGCGCAGGUGAACGGAUACACAGUCUCGGACAUCGCCUUUCCCAUCAACAGCGGCGCCAGCGACGACAACAUCGCCAGCGCCCUGCGUCUCUUCGUCGACGGGCCCGAGCCGGACGUCGCGCCCAGCGUGCCCAUCGAGGGCACCAUCAGCUUCGACACCGUCUUCGCCAAUGGCACCCACGACGUCAAGGGCGUCGCGUACAACCUGACCAAGGUGGGCGAGGUGGCGCCGGGCGCACCCACGGGCUUCCGGCUGUCGUACAUGCGCGCGCCGCAGAACAGCAUCCUGCGCAUCGAGCGGAACGCCGCCAACAUCGACGGCGAGGCCUACCCCUUCGAGCACCCCGAGCUGUGGGUCGCGGUCGGCACGCACGACGGCAACACGGAGCACUUUGCCUGGCGCAACGAGCUCGACUGGCUCAACCCGCCCCACGCCCGCGUCUACCCCGGCUGGGACCAGGAGUUCGUCAACUGCAAGACGACGGCGUGCCGCGUCAACAAGAUCCACACCAAGGUCAGCAAGGCGUACGACGAGUGCGUCCUGCGCGCUGAGCACCCGGACCAGUUCGAGGGCGGCGUCGUGCCGCCCGGCUGCUACAUCCUGCUCGCCGGAUACUACGGAAAGCGCAACAUCAUGUGGGUUGGCUGCGCCAUCGUCUUCUCCAUCACCCAGCUCCUGAAGAGGAACAUGGAGAAGCAGAAGAAGAAAACCGAGGAGAAGAAGAAGCAGGUCGAGCUGGACGAGCAGAUGCUCGAUCAGAAUGAGGACGAUAUCGUGUCGUACAUGAUGGAGGUCGAGGCGAAGGCCCAGGCCCAGGCUGCCGCCACCGGCGCUGCCACCGAAGGCCAGGAAAAUGUGAAAGCGAGGAAAGCACACAAGACUUCGGACGAGUAA